CAAACCCUUUUCUGACUUUUUUUUGCUUUCUGGUGUGAAAAUUUCCUCUGUUCUUCAGAGGAUUUUUGUCAGUGGUUGUGAUGCGUUAUAAUUGCUUCGGACUUUUUGAUAUGUGCAAAGGAAGUGAUCGUCUUGGACAAAGAGAAGCUGAAGAGAUUUGUACCAACAAUGUGAGGGUCUUUUCAUAUAAUUCAUUAAGAUCAGCCACUGAUGGUUUCCAUCCAACGAAGAGAAUCGGAGGUGGUGGCUAUGGAGUUGUCUUUAAGGGAGUUUUAAGAGAUGGCACACAAGUAGCUGUGAAGUCACUAUCAGCAGAAUCUAAACAAGGGACACGCGAGUUCUUGACCGAGAUUAACUUGAUAUCAAACAUUCAUCAUCCUAACCUUGUUAACCUCAUUGGCUGCUGCAUCGAAGGGAACAAUCGGAUUCUCGUAUAUGAGUACCUUGAGAACAACAGUCUUGCUAGUGUUUUGCUUGGUUCAAGGAGUAGAUAUGUACCUCUUGAUUGGUCCAAAAGAGCUGCAAUUUGCGUUGGGACAGCUUCAGACAAUGUCACUCAUGUCAGUACCCGAGUCGCUGGGACAGUGGGAUACUUGGCUCCAGAAUAUGCACUUCUUGGUCAAUUGACAAAAAAAGCGGACGUUUACAGCUUCGGGAUACUUGUGCUUGAGGUCAUUAGUGGAAAUAGUAGCACGAGAGCCGCCUUUGGAGACGAUUACAUGGUUCUUGUUGAAUGGGUAUGGAAGCUGAGAGAAGAAAGGAGGCUACUAGAAUGUGUAGAUACGGAUCUAACCAAGUUUCCCGAAGACGAAGUGACCCGUUUCAUCAAGGUGGCUCUUUUCUGCACUCAAGCCGCGGCGCAAAAGAGACCAAACAUGAAGCAAGUGGUGGAGAUGCUUUGCAGGAAAGAGCUUAACCUCAACGAGGAUGCCUUGACGGAACCUGGUGUCUACAGAGGUGUCAACAAGGGACGCAACCACCGUGGCAUCGGUCUUAUAGGCGGCCAAGGCGGCAGCUCACAGGAGAGCUCGUCAACGCAACGUUACAAAGGGAAAAGCUCAGCCGGUCCACAAGGGUCAACGUCCACGUCUAAUAUUUCCAUCCAGAGCAUCACAGAGGUUGCUCCUAGAUGAUUUUUUUUUCUGUUGAUAGAGCACAAUUUUAUUCUUGAGUAUAUUAACUAGUUUAUGAUGUAUUAAUAUCUUAUAUACAGGAUAUACAUAUGAAUAAACCAAAGAUGCCUAU